AUGGCAGCUCCGCCAGCGCUCGCGCGGGAGCUGCUGGACGCGGCGCGGGCGCCGGGGUUCGUGGAGUGGCAGCGCGGCGUGCGGCGCCGGAUCCACCAGCACCCGGAGCUGGCCUUCCUGGAGCACCGCACCAGCGCGCUCGUGCGCGACGAGCUCGACGCAAUCGGCGUCCCGUACGCCUGGCCCGUCGCGCAGACGGGCGUCGUGGCCACCAUCACCGGCCCCGCCGCGGCCGGGGGCCCCGUGUUCGCGCUCCGCGCCGACAUGGACGCGCUCCCCAUCCAGGAAAUGGUAGAAUGGGAGUUCAAGAGCAAGGAAGACGGGAAAAUGCAUGCGUGUGGCCAUGACGCCCACGUGGCGAUGCUUCUCGGAGCAGCUAAGCUGCUUCAGUCUCGGAGGCACGAUUUGAAGGGUACAGUGAAGCUUGUCUUCCAGCCGGCCGAGGAGGGCCACGCCGGCGGCUACCACGUCCUCAAAGAAGGCGUCCUGGACGACGUGCAGGCCAUCUUCGCCGUGCACGUGGACACGGGACUGCCGGUAGGCCUCGUCGGCUCCAGGCCAGGGCCGGUCCUCGCCGGAGCGGCUCGGUUCACGGCGACCAUCACGGGGAAAGGUGGGCACGCGGCGGGGCCACAGCACGUCGUCGACCCGAUCGUCGCGGCGUCCUCCGCUGUCCUCAGCCUCCAGCAGCUCGUUGCUCGCGAAACCGAUCCGCUACAAGGCGCAGUUGUGUCAGUGACCUUCAUCAAAGGAGGCGAAGCUUUCAAUGUCAUCCCGGAAUCCGUCACCAUGGGCGGCACCUUCAGGAGCAUGACGAACAAUGGCCUAUCCUAUCUCAUGAAGAGAAUCAGAGAGGUGAUAGAAGGACAAGCCGCUGUGUGCCGGUGCGCAGCAACGGUGGACUUCAUGGAGGAGAAGAUGAGGCCGUACCCGGCCACCGUGAACGAGGAGGCGAUGUACGCCCACGCCAAGGCGGUGGCCGAGAGCAUGCUGGGCGAGGCCAACGUGAAGGUCCGGCCGCAGGUCAUGGCGGCGGAGGACUUCGGCUUCUACGCGCAGAAGAUCCCGGCCGCCUUCUUCAGCGUCGGCGUCCGCGACGAGGGGACGGGGAAGGUCCACCAUGUGCACUCACCGCACCUCCAGAUCGACGAGGGCGCGCUCCCCAUCGGAGCCGCGUUCCACGCCGCCGUGGCCAUGGAGUACCUGAACAAACACGUCUCGCCGGCGGCGAGCGAGGCCCAGGCGCCCAGCUAG